AGGUACAAAUACUCGCAGCGCCCCAACACAGACGACGAACCCAUCGAAGUAGGCGAAAAUGGAGGUCGAAUCAAGCAGUAUCAAAGUAAAUGGUAUGCAAUUCGGGUAUAGUGGCGAGAAUCCUAUCUUCGUGGAUUUCAACCUCAAGAUUUCUCCUCGAUCUCGUUGUCUUCUUGUUGGCGCCAAUGGAUCUGGGAAAACUACUUUGCUGAAGAUCUUGGCAGGAAAGCAUAUGGUUGGUGGGAGAAAUGUUGUGCGGGUGUUAGAUUUUUCAUCUUUUCACGACACACACUUAGUUUGUAGUGGUGAUUUGUCCUACUUGGGUGGAUCAUGGACUAAAACUAUUGGUUCUGCUGGAGAAGUGCCACUACAAGGAGACUUCUCUGCGGAACAUAUGAUAUUUGGAGUUGAAGGGAUUGACCCUGUAAGAAGAGAGAAGUUGAUUGACCUGUUGGACAUUGAUCUACAGUGGCGGAUGCACAAAGUGUCUGAUGGGCAACGGCGUAGAGUACAAAUUUGCUUGGGCCUCCUUCAUCCUUUUCAGGUUCUUUUGCUAGAUGAAGUAACUGUCGACCUGGAUGUUGUUGCAAGGAUGGAUUUGCUGGAGUUCUUCAAGGAGGAAUGUGAGCAGAGAGGAGCUACAAUCGUGUAUGCAACCCAUAUAUUUGACGGCCUAGAGUCAUGGGCAACGGAUCUUGCUUACAUACAAGAUGGAGAGUUGAAGAGGUAUGAGAAAUUGGCAGAUCUUCCCGAAAUGAAAAACUCCUCCAAUCUGCUAUCGGUGGUUGAGUCGUGGCUCAGGGCUGAAACAAAAAACCCAAAAAAGAAACCCGUCAAUCCUUCACCCCUAAUUCCAAAAACCUCUCCGUUCGAUUCUUCCCCUUUCAGAUCAUCCAGGCACAUGGCAUACUACCGAUGAUCUUUCUCCAAACAAUUCAUCUUCAACUUUGAAGCUGCCAAUUUGUAAGUUUUCACAAACUAAUAAAAAGCUUUUGUUGGUCAUUCAUCUGUUGUUUACUUGUAAAGUUGUUUCUUUUUGUCUUUAGGGACAUUAGGAUACAAUUAUAGCUUGAUCUUAUCUUCCCCAUUGCCAGCCAUUGAUGUAUUCCAUAGUGUGUAACCAUAUGUUCUUUUUUCAGCUUGAAAUGCAUUUCUAGUUUGCUUAUCA